GAAUACCCGCCGUUGUCAGCGCACCUUACUAUGUCCUUGUCAGCAUUCGUAAUGCGAACGCCUUCUCUAAGUCGUCAACGGGGUCGGAGGAUAGUUCAAGCAUCCUAGUCAAAGCUAGUCAUAUAUUCUGCUCUUUCCAUUUUAGUUAAUCCAUGAUUCACCGCGGCAUAUAUAAGGAGCCACACUCCAUGAUUUUUAGCCACUACAUCAUCUCUUACUUUCGACUUCCAUGGCCCCAACAAGAACAGCAAAUAUAAGGUCAUCACGAAUUCCUUCUCGCGGGAGAUCUCCGGACGACGACGUCGUCAAUCAAAUUGUCGCUGAGAGAUUGAAAGCACUCCUGAAGGCAAAUAGAAUUCGCUUUGUCAAUCCUUCAUCUGGAAUGUUUAGACCCAGAUGCGAUGUCUUUGACGAUCUUUCCUCCAGCAUUGUCACCGCUAUGUUCGAAUUGCCCGGAGUCAAACGCAGUGAGAUUGCCCUGAACCUGCGCGAAGGGGCACUUGUUGUCCAAGGGGAACGCGUCCGUCCGGACAAGAAGUACACUAACCAACCGUCCUAUUCACGCUUCCCCGCACCUUUGGAAUCCACUGCCACCACGGCGAAUGAAUCAGAGCUCAAGCACCGAUACGUGUUAGAGGAGCUGCGCUACGGUAAAUUCGAACGAAGAAUCACAUUGCCUGAUGGAAUUAAGGACGCUGACAUCAAAGCUCAUAUGUCAGAGGGCAUAUUGAUAGUGACUUGGCCUCGACAGCCCACGAGUCAAGGAUCAUCUACCAGUGUACCGUUCGCUUCCUCGAAAUGACUCAUUGUCAAUGCUAUUGGUCUUAUAUCAUGAUCUGCUGUGGCAAUAUUGUUUCACAUUCGUUGACUCCUUCCUUCCUCCUUUCAUUGGAAAUUAUCCGGAAAUUCUCACUCAUUAUAUUGGGACUUGGCCAGUUUUGUGGGACAUCUUAUGCUAUAAUAUUUUCAACUCCUUUUCUACAGUCUCAGUCUGUAUCCAUCAUUGCUCCACACGUCUCAAUCGCGUAGUGGUAUUACUGUAUUCUUAUCAACUGCUGCCAAAGCUGAACAGCUUUGUUGCUACAUUUCUAUACUUCUCCGAAAUCUGGAUCAGUGAUGUGUACCACA